UUGAACCAGUUCAGUUGAGUUUGACGUUCAGAAGAGUAACUUCAACUAAUCAUCUUCGAUGGCAGUUUUGGUGAAAACUUGUUGCUGUGGCUGCAGCCUCGGUGCAGGUGUUAUGAUUCUCGGAAUCUUAGGCCUGUUUGCAUCAGCUUAUUCAAUUUAUCAAAACAGUCAGUCAAUCAAAGUUAACUUGAAGCAUAUAGAGGAGAACGCUGACGAAAUCAGCCAGGAUUUACAUUUCAACAAAAAGGAUUUCCUGGUGAUCGUGAGAUUGGCAUAUGUUUCCCUGGUAUUCGGAGUCAUCUCACUGUUGGUGAACCUGUUGCUUCUGGGAUCCUGUUGCUCAAUAAACAAUAGUCUCUAUUUGGCGCAAAAAUAUGCACGGAUACUUGUCAGUAAACAUAAUCUCUUCCGUGAGGGAAACCGUGAGCCUCGAGGGACAGAUAAUUCCAAGGAUAUAUGUACGAGCAACGGAGGCAGUUGUGUUUAUUAUCUUUAAAGUAGUUUUUGCAACUUUCAACGCACGGGAAAAUGUU